AAUUGACGGAACCAGCGACAAACGCGGUCGCUGGCCUCUGGGCUCAACAAGUUUGCCAAAAAAGAAACCCCGAGAGCAUCCAUUUUGGAAACCAGAUACAGAUACCGAGAACUACCCAUCGAAGCUCGCGGCUGCUGGGAAGCGGUUUCAGUUGUUCGCCCAAAGCUCCCCAGAUCAAAACGUUUCCCGGUCAAACGGUCAAAGAAAGAUACUUCCUCCAGCAUAAUGCGCAGUUGCUUAACGCUGACGUUACUGCUGGUGCUCCUCUUGAGCCCGGCAGAGCCUGCCAGUCUGCUGACCAGCUAUCUGCCCGCCUCCAUGCAGGCCCUGGCCUACUACAUCGAUCUGCUGCAGUACGAGCCGCUUUCCAGCACCACCAUAGAGCCGCCAUUCAACGCAAAUGGCUCGGACAUGGAAGCCAAUGGCGGCAGCUCCACGACACCAUUACCCCCCAAGCCCACGCCCACGGCCAUCAAACCGAAAACCACAACCCGGCGUCCAGUCGGCUCGGGUUCGGGUUCUGGCUCUGGCUGGUGGCAACCGCCCAGCUGGUGGGAGACACCGCAACGAACUUCAACCACAGAGCGCCCCACCUCAGCUCCCACGCCACCCCACAGACCGGCGCUGUUUGCACCCGCCCCAGAGCCGGCACCCGAGGGUCAUGCCCUCUUCAAUGAAAUCGGAGAUGAUGCGGACUUUGACAAGCUGCCCCUCUCGCUGAUACGCGACAUUCAGAGCGAGGUGCGGCAUGAUGACUUUACAAACGACGUCGAGUCGCUGGACAACUUCCUGCGCCUGUACGACGACAACUACGGGCGGGCGGCCUUCGACUUUGAGUCGGCCAUGGACCGCUGGAGCACCACUUCGACGGCGGGCAAAAAGCGGGUGCCGCCCACCAAGCCCUACGUAGACUUUCUGCUGGUCUACGACCUGCUCAAGCGAGACGCGAAGGCAGCCAAUCUCAGCAAGUACGAGGGCUACUCCGAGGACCUGCUCGAGCAGCUUUCCGAGCUGUCCAAUGCCUCGGCGGCGAGGCAGCUGCACACGAUGUUCCAGAGAAUGCUGGAUCGCGGUGACAUCCAGCGCAGUGAUGUGGUGGCACGUGUCCAGGGCAUUGUCAAAGAUCUGGGCAAUCCCAAUAGCCCCACCUCCAAGGCGCUGUCCUUUAUACCCAGCAUGCAGUUCUUACCCUAAGCCUAAGCGCAACUAAAACCCAUAAUAAAGUCGAGGAACCUAUUAGCCUCUCCCACACAUCCACAACCUUGCGCAAUC